AUGGCUGAAUCAGAAGAGAUUAAUAGUCAUCCAAAUAUGAGGAAUGACAACACCAGGAUGAAUGUAGCGGGUGCAGAUCUACAAGCAAUGAUAGACAAUGCUGCUGUCACUAAAGCCGUUGACAGAAUGUUCAAAGAACCAAGUGGUACUCACGCUAAGACCCAAUCUGUACCUCAUACAAAACCUCCUUCCAAAACACAUACAUCUCAUAAGGACGAAUCCCGACAUUCGUCAAAUCAGAAAAGUCCGCCAUCUAAGCAAACUGUGUUAAAUCAAGAACCGCGCUCAAAGACCUGCUCUUAUAAAUACUUUGUCUCUUGCAAACUAAGGGAUUUUACAGGCGAAAAAGGUGCCAUAGACUGUAUGACAUGGCUUGAUGAGAUGGAUACCGUUGUGGAUAUCAGCGGUUGUGUAGAGCAAGAUGUUGUGAAGUUUGUUUCACAGUCAUUUACGGGGGAGGCAUUGGCUUGGUGGAGGUCGUUAGUCCAAGCCACGGGGAAAAUCCCACUCUAUAACUUGUCUUGGGAACAAUUUGUAGCACUAAUCAGAGAAAAUUUUUGUCCUCAGCAUGAGGUAGAGAAAAUUGAAACAGACUUCCUGACUCUGGUCAUGAAGAAUUUGGAUUGCCAAUCUUAUGUCACGAGUUUCAAUACUAUGUCAAGACUCGUUCCCUACUUGGUUACACCAGAACCUAAAUGCAUAGCGCGUUUCAUUGGAGGCCUGGCCCCUGAAAUAAAAGGAAAUGUUAACACUUCCCGGCCUACCACUUAUAGGUCCGUGGUGGAUUUGUCCUUGUCCCUCACUCUAGAUGCAGUAAGGAAUAAAUCUGUUAAGACUUCUGAAGAGGGAAAAAGGAAAAGGGAAGAUGAGAGCUCACAUCGCUCCGACAAGAAAAGGAAGGGUAACUUCGAGCAUAAGAAAGGGUGUGAGUUUAGAAACAACUCAAAUCAGUCUGAUAUAAGGCCCAAGUGCAAGAACUGCAGGAAAUGCCAUUCUGGAAGGUGUACGAUUGACCCACAAGCUAAACUCUGUGGAAUUUGCAAGACAAAGGGGCAUAAGACUUUAGAAUGCAAAGAAUUGAAGAAUGCGACUUGUUACAACUACAUAAAAUAUGAGGUAGAAUUGGCUGAUGGUACAUUAGAGACUGCUUCAACAAUUUUAGAUGGAUGUUUCAUAGCCAUUAGGAACCACUCUUUUCCGCUGUCCUUGUUACCAAUGAAAUUGGCAGGAUUUGAUGUGGUUAUAGGCAUGGAUUGGUUAUCCUUGAACCAAGCCCAAAUUGCCUGUGCCAAAAAGCAAGUUAUCAUUAAGACCCCAACAGGAAAGUCAAUUAUUGUUCAAGGAGAUACACAUCAUGGAUUGUCUGAUCAAACAGCUAUGCUUAAGGCGUCCAAGGGUUUGAAGAACGGUUGUGUCAUUUACAUGGCACAAGUGACUGUAGACACGCCAAAGCCUAAAAUUGAAGAUAUCCCUGUUAUUUCGGAAUUCACAGACGUUUUUCCCGAAGAGUUACGUAGUUUGCCUCUUGACAGAUAA